AUGGAUCAGAAUACUCUCCGACAAUACGAACAUCGCGUCGGAUGCGUUCUAACCGGUGAAGCAUUCUGUGAUGGCUGCAAUCAUCGAUUUGGGGAAGGUGAGAUGGCAUUUCGAUGUUUAGAAUGCAGUGGUUUCACAUGUCCGGGAGCUGAGAAACGUCCUAUUCGACAGACAGAAAUUACGACUACAACUCGAAUACAAGAUGGAGCGGCCAUUCAACUAGCAACAUCGGAAACGGCGUUAUUUAGUGGCUAUGACCUAUGUUUGACUUGUGCGAAAAAAACUUCCGUUCAUUCGCAUCAUCGUUUUACUUUAGCGGUUUAUCGUAAAAAGAAUUCAACGUAUGUGUUCAGCUAA